AUCAUUUGUGCCCAUUUGCGUGUCCUGGAAAUGAAAAUAACUUCCAAACACGAAAUUGGCUGAAAUUCACGCGUGAUAGCAAACUAUUCAAUGGAGUCAUCGUUUUUGCCAUCUCAUUUCAGUGUUAGAAGCCCUAUAACUAGAGAAACUGGAAGAAAAAAUGGAUGGUUACUUCCCAGAUGUGUGGAACUGCGUAAUUAUCCAUCAGAAAACAGUUAUUUACCCACGAGAUUAUGUUUGGCCACUGCAAAUAGUGGGUUUAGGCAGGAAUUUCACGGGGUUGGGGACAGAGAUGGCGUUAUCAUUGUUGACCAUGGGUCGCGUCGGAAGGAGUCCAAUCUUAUGUUAAAUGAGUUUGUGGCUAUGUUUAGAGAUAAAACUGGGUACCUGAUUGUAGAACCUGCUCAUAUGGAGCUUGCAGAACCAGCAAUAAGAGAUGCAUUUAGUUCGUGUGUUCAACAAGGGGCAAAUCGUGUAAUUGUAAGCCCAUUUUUCCUGUUCCCUGGACGACAUUGGCACCAGCACAUUCCUUCUUUAACUGCCGAAGCUGCAAGGGAGCACCCAGGGGCGUCAUAUAUUGUAACUGCACCUAUUGGCCUGCAUGAGCUGCUCGUGGAUGUUAUGAAUGACAGAAUCAAACAUUGCUUAAGCCAUGUUGCCGGAGAUGUGGAUGAGUGUUUGGUUUGUGCUGGAACAGGCAAAUGUCGGCAAUAUGAUUAAUCUCAAAUGGUAAAGAGAAGCCGGUCGGGAUCUCGGAGUUAGAGGCUGUUUAGCUUAAAUGCUGCAAGAUUGAAGUUGUAAAUUGUUAGCUUAAAAUAUUACAUGCUAUUGUCUGUGGGCUAGAUUUUGAAAUGAUUUUACUUAGCAGAAAGAUACCAAGUAGAUAUAUGCUUUUGGGAAUCAUUUGUGGGAUUUCUUAGGUUACAGAAGAUCAAUGUGUUAUGAUAACUUUCCAUCACCCAGUUCUGCCGAACUCUAUUGAGAGUAUUUUGGAAAACAUG